ACGUGGUGAAGUUGGUUAGCAAAUACAAGCGACACAGCGACGAGUAAAUGGGAAAUACGGGGAUUUACGUCUGACCGAGCGGUUUGAAAUAAACCGAAUUUGACGGAAGAUGGAUGUUAGAUGUGUUUCUGUUGGUCGGAGCUGAAGAGUAAAAUCUACAGGCAGCCAGACAGCGAUGAGACAGCUGCGUCCUGCAUGUGAAGACUGUUCAGCAUUAAGAGCAUCUUAAAGCACGCUGAGCCACAGGAGGCGGCUGGAAGGAACUGCUUUGCACGCUGUCGGGAUGUUUGCGAAGCUGAAGAAGAAGAUAGCGGAGGAGGCGGCCACGGGCCCUCGCUCCGGCCGCAUGCCCCGCUCCAUGAGCAAAGAGUCCAUCACGUCUGUGGGAGCGGACUCUGGGGACGACUUCGCGUCGGACGGCAGCAGCUCCAGAGACGACCUCUCCUCUCAGAUUCUGCGCAGGAACGAUCAGAUCCGAAAGCUGGAGGCCAAACUCUCAGACUACGCUGAACAGCUUCGGCUAAUGCAGAAGACCAAGGACAAGCUUGAGAUUGCAUUAGAGAAGCAUCAGGAUUCAUCUAUGCGGAAGUUGCAGGAGCAGAAUGAGUCCUUCCAGGCCAACAGAGCCAAGAUGGCAGAAGGCAUGGCUUUAGCAUUGGAGAAGAAAGAUCAGGAAUGGAUGGAGAAGAUGGCAGCUUUAGAGCAGGAGAAAGCCUCAUUAGAAGCUCGUCUGGGGCAGAGUUUGAGUCUGUUCCAGAAGAGGGAUGAACAGGAUGAACUUGAAGGUUUCCAGCUGCAGGAACUGGCCAAAGUCAAACACAUGCUGCUGAGGAAGGAGGAACAGUUGAGUCUGCGUGAGCGUGAACUGAAGCAGAGAGGAGAGGAGCUCAACACGGCCCGUCUGACGCUGACUCAAACCCAGGACAAACUCUACGAGCUGGGAGAGGAGCACGAAGAAAUGAGCAGGAUCAACUCUCAGCUACGGGCUCAGAGAGCGCUAGUAAGUGUAACUCUCUCUGACAGAGACGAGUUGCUGAGUGAGAGGGAGGAGGUGGAGAAGAAGAUGUCCGACAUGGAGGCCAGAGAGCAGGAGCUUCAGCAGCUCAUCCAGCAGGUGUCCGAGGACUUCCAGAAGGCUCAGAGUGAUGCGAGAUCUUUACAGAAGUCGUUGGAAUCUCUGCAGGCUGAACACAGUGAACUAAAACUCCAGCAUGAACAGCAUAAGAACAAGGCGGCGGUGACGGAGGAAGAGCGAGAGCGGAUGUUGGCUGGUCUGCAGGAGAAAGCUCUCUCUCUGGAGCGGAGACUGGAGGCCAACCUCUCUCAGGAUGAACAUCUACAGGAGCUGCUUAAGGAGAAAUCUGCACUGGAGCAGAGGUUAGAGGAGGCGAGGAGUGAGCUGCUGGAGGAACGAACCAAUCACACUACAGCAGUGAGCUCUCUGGAGGCACAGAUUUCCAGACUGAACACUAAUGUGUCUGAGCUCCAGACGCUGCUGAGACACAAAGACGAGUCGUCCAGAUCCUACAGAGAGAGAACAGACUCGCAGAUUGCUGAUCUGGAGCAGAGACUGACGGACUCCGGCGAGAAGCUGAAGAGUUUGGAGCAGCAGUUGGCGGAGAGUGAAACCCAAAAUGAGAAACUGCAGGUGCAGUGGUUGGAGGAGAGAGAGAGGUUACAGCAGCAGGUGAGCACUCAGAGACAGAGAGGCCUGGAGAAAACCGCUAAACUGGAGGAGGAGAUGCUGACGCUGCAGCGAGCGAGAGAGACGGAGAACAGCGCUCACCAGGACCGCAUGCGGUUGCUGGAAACAGAGAAGGACUUCCUGCUGAAGAGUAAAGCUGAGAUGGAGAGCACUGUGGAGAAACUCUCAGCAGAGCUCCAGCAAUCCAAAGCCGAGUUGAGUAGCAGACAGACGGUGAGUGUGGAGAUCGCUAAAGCUUUGGAAGAAACACGGAAGCAGAGAGAGGAGCUCCAGCAACAGGUUGCUGAGAUGUCGGAGUCUCUGCAGAGGGCGGAGCAGGAAGUGCGUCGGCUCACAGAGCAGGUGGGCAUGAAAGAGGCGGAGCUUGGCAGUCUAAGAGAAGACCUGCAGACGGCCCGCUCCGGGCUCUCCUCGCUGCAGGCCGAGUAUGAGGUUCUGCGUUUGGAGGCGGAGCAAAAAGAGCAGGAGAAGAACUCCCAGAUCGAGUCACUGCAGCAGGAGCUCCUCACGCACUCGCAGCAGCAUGACUCCUGCCAGUCGAAGGUGUUUGAUUUGCAGAGUGAGGUGGAGAGUCUAACGGCCCAGCUGCAGGAUGCAGAGGUGUGCGUGAGCGAACAGAAUGGGGUCGUUGCCGUGGGCGAUCUGGACCAGCUGCAGAAAGCUAACAAAGAGUUGGAGCAGCAACUUAGUGAGAAGAACAAGACUAUAAAACAGCUGCAGCAGAGACUGGCAGAACUGAAGAGGACCUUACAGAAAGAGCUGAAGCUGAAGCCAGAUGCUGACUCGGACAGUAAGGAGAAGCUUCCGGAUGGACGGCAGGAGCGCUCGGCUGAAAAGCCAAGCUCAGAGACCCCCGCCCCAGCAGCCACGCCCACUCCAGCCCCCAGCUCUACACACACCGCCGGCCCUGGCCCGAUCACUUCCCGCACGAUGGUCACCAACAGCUCAGACCUGAUGGACACGCGGGAGAUCAACUUUAAGUACCUCAAACACGUGGUGCUCAAGUUCAUGUCCUCCAGAGAGGCCGAGGCGUACCAACUGAUUAAAGCAGUCUCAGUGCUUCUGCAGUUCACACGAGAAGAAGAAGACAUGCUCAAGCAGACGCUGGAGUACAAGAUGUCGUGGUUCGGCUCCAAGCCCUCCCCCAAAGGCAUCAUCCGGCCGUCCAUCUCAGGAGCCCCGAGCAGUUGGAGCUGAGGCAGAGCGAGCGAGACGUCUCACUGUAGGCUUGGAGGAACGCCUGGAGGAACGCGGGCUGAAGACCACGUUCUUGCUGCUCCUGGGCUCUAGCGGUUCCUUUAAAGCUGAUCUUUCUCUUCUGUGGACUGGACAACAGCUUCUGUCUGGGUUCUUGAGCUUUUCAUGGCUGAUGGGUUUGUCUAUAAGGGACCAGCUUCAUGCAGUGUUUGGGGAAAAGUCAUGGAGCUGAAUAAUGAUUACAGCCUUGGCUGAUUGGAAAUUAAGCCUGUGGGAUUGUUAAUCUCAGGAUUGUUCCUCGGCCUUUGGUCAAAACCAAAUUUGACCAUUGCGUACGUGGAGGUCCCUGAAAGUAGAAGAUUGUGGUGCGAAUGGGUGCUGGCUGUCUGGUUACCACCAUCACUCUCAGCUCGAGAAAAUACCGUUAAAUAAUUUUGUAAUAAGAAUAGAGCUUUUCUUCGCUGUAUUCGCAGAGAAUGGACUCUGUGGUCAGGCAGCAGCAGCAGUGUGUACGCCACUUUGUACCAGAGCGCACGUGCAAACAAGAUGGCUUUUUUACAUGGACCAUCAACGGAGAACUCGUUUCAGUGAAAUAUCAUUGCUAUAGACUCCCAUUUUAAAGCUGCAUCUUACCUUUACCUGCCUUGUGUAUGUGUAAAUUACGAUUAAGUACAUUCCAUACGUCUAUUUAUAUAUGAAACUGUAAAUACUGAAUGAAAGGUUUAUAAAAUCAUACUUUUUCCUUUUCCCGGCUGUAUUUAGAGCUUUUUCUUUUCUAUUCUACAUCUAUGGGACUGUCCGAAUGAUUGAAUGGACAUGUAUUGGAGUAUUUAUGCGUGUAAUGAGCAUGCAUGUAUGCCUUAUACUGAACUCUUCAGUCGUAUUACUGAAAUGAAGAAUCACAUUAAUUUGAAGUAAUUUGGGCUUGUUUUAAAAACAGUAUGUAUACUGGAUAUUUAUUUUUCUCUUAUUUGUUGUAAAAUUUCAGCCAGACGUUAAAGUUAUUGUUAAAAAUAAUGCCAAUUCACGAAAAACAGUCCAAAAGCUGAUGUUGCCGACAACGAAUGAAAGUGAAAUAGCUGCUAAUUUGGCAGUUAUGCAAAUGCGGCCAUGCUAAUUGGUGGAUAAUGGCUUCCAUUUGUUGUUGGCCAUGUUAGCAUGAUUUGGUCAAGCUGUUACCUUUAACACAGAGAAGAAAAGACUAAAGUAGCCAUCAGAGUUAAACUGGGAAUAAAUCUAUUGCUUUUAAUAGACAUCUUUGAUUUAGGGUCACAACAACAUUGAGAAUCCACUGCUGUUGUUUCUUCAUUCAGUUUGAUCAUAAAUGACAUGAUUUUUUUUGUUUUUAACCUCAUUAGAUGGAAUUAUUUACCAGCCUUAUAGCAGCACUGUUAUCUUCUAAAGGGUGACGUUGUCUGUUUUGCUUGUGCUGACAUGAAAUUCAUGAGCAGAUGCUCGUUUGCACUGACAGGAUCAUGAUCAUUUCUGACCGUCUCAUUCUGGUUUGUGAUACUGUAGCAAUCACAGCAAUCAAAACAUCAUCCCGCAGCGUCCACUGCUUCAGUGAGAAACCACUACAUGUUUGAUUCUGAAUGGUAUGUCAAGAAUAUCAAGACUUGAAUAAAUUAUCUUUGAUUUUGCUGGCA